AUGUUCUACAAAGUGGAACCAUCUGAUGUUCAAAAUCAAACCGGAUGCUUUAAAGAUGCAUUUGAUGUGUAUGAUGAUGAAGUCAACUUAGAAACAAACCUUCGAAAGAAGAAAAAACUGUUAGAGAAGGUGGGAGCAUGGACAGAUUAUCUUAACAAAGCUGCAACCUUUACAGGAUUGGUAUAUAAAGAUGGGUACGAGUCCAAAUUCAUAAUCAAUAUUCUAAAUGUUGUAAUAAAGAAAGUGGACAACAAGGCCCUACACAUUGAGGAGAAACUAGUGGGAAUAAAGGACCAUCUUGCUGAGAUCCAAUCAUGGUUAAAAGAUCGGUCACCUGAUGCAGUAGUCCUUCUCAUUGAUGGGAUGGGAGGCAUUGGGAAAUCAACCAUAUCCAAAUGCAAGUUGCUUUCUGGCAGGCACACAUGGUUGUUGACUGCUUUCAAAGAUCAUGGUAAGGUCCACUCCCUUGGAACAUUAUCCAUGGGCGACGCUACUGAGCUCCUUAGUUUGCAUGCCUUUGGUCAACACCAACCCAUUGAACCCUAUAUUGUCCACUUAGAAUUAGUUGUUCAACGUUGCAAGGGCCUUCCUUUGGCUCUUAAAGUAUUGGGAUCUUCCCUACGUGAAAAGACAAAUGAUGAAUGGGAAGAUGCAAUUCACAAACUGGCUGCAAUUCCUCAUCGUGAGAUUCAAGAAGUUCUGCAAAUAAGCUAUGAAACUUUGGCAGAUGACAAGGAUAAAGAUGGCAACAAUAUAACCUUCUUACCAAAAUGUGUUCAAACCCUACCUAGAAUUGAAGAGCUCAGAGUCUCACAUUGUUCAAAACUCCAUUCAGUUCUAAGUCUCCCAAAUUCCGUCAAUGAACUGUUUGUCAAUGACAAUGAAUCUUUGGAAAAAGUACAGCCUGCAGAAAAUUCAAGGACCGUAGUGCACCACAUGAACUGCCCAAAUUUGUGUGAGAUCGAGGGUCGUUAUAAGAUUCAGUCAAUAGAUAAAGUUGAGAGGAAAAUUAUACGGUAUUUGGGAUUAGAAUCAAAUGCAUGUGAAGGAAUGGAGAUGGAUCUUGAGGGUCUUGAUCUAGAGAUUGGAGUACAAAACAAGACCAAAUAUUUGUUGUGGAGUUACUUUAAAAGAGAUCAAAAUAUCCGUAAGAAUGCAGGAAAGUUCGCAUUGUUAUGCCUUUGGAGGUGUGGCAAUCUAUUGGAGGGUGGAGAUGAAAUCAUCAUACGUGUAUUUUCUCGUAUAAUACAUGUAGAGGAAUGUUGUAUAAACCUUAUAUACGAAGAUUAUGAAGAAUUACUUGAUGAAGAAAGAAAGGAGGCUCAUGAUGUCACUGCCUUUGAUCAAAUGUUGUGGACUGAUAGAAUGGAUAAAGAUAUAUCGCAUUAUGCUUUCCCAUGGAAGAAACAUGUGUUCCGAGAUGACCAUCUGGAAUAUAAUGCAAGAAAAGAAAAAUAG